UCUUGCGUUAGUUGCGACAAGUUUCAAGAAAUUAGGUGCAGUAAAUUUUGCUUGUCGCACGGUAUGAUUGUAAGCUAAAGUUUGAAAUCCAGUGUUUAUUCUUUUAAUGCCGAAAGCGGUUUUUGAUUCAUGACAAUGUUAUAAAUCGAUAACAAAAUGAGUGUAGUGAAGCAAGUGAAAGUGGACAAUUGGGGGAUUUAUUUCCUCCAGCGGCUCAAGCAUUUCUUCAAUAGAACGGAUUACUGCGACCUGACUCUGCAAUUUCAAGAUAAUGCCCAGUUGAAAGUGCACAGGUUAGUACUGAGCGCCUGUACCGAAUAUUUCGAGCUUCUCGAGCGAACAUGCGAGAUGUACGAGGACCGGCUCGUGAUGCCCGACGACCUGCAGGCCGACGUCGUCGUGCCCAUAGUAAACUUCAUGUACACCGGGCAACUCGAGUUCAAGAUGGAUCUACUGGAGAAGCUGUAUCAGACCUCGCUAGUCAUGAACAUGCCAGUUCUCUCGAAGUUGCUCGACGCCCACCGCCAAAAUCUACCUACUGUACCCAGGCCAGGGCCUGCCCAUAGUUACGGCAAGAAUUCUAAGCCAGACCUGUUCAAAAAGAAAACUGUCGCACCCUCAACGUCUUUGAGUGGUGGCACUUAUAAACGUACCUACACUUCAGCUUUUGAAACAGUUAAUGAACCAAAACCUAAAAGAUCACAGGUUAUUACUAAAGUGGAACCUGUCACGAAUGGACAUCAGACUGUGAUAGAACCGUAUUUCCCUAUUGUUUAUGAAAAGAAUAAACACACAGAUUUUGAACCUAGGCCGACACGAUAUGAACUGCCAGAAGAAUUAGAUGAGGAUAAUAUUACAGAUAAUUCGUUUUCAAACAUAUCAUAUAACUCAAAACCUCUUGUGGUGCAUCCAGAAACAGUCAAACAAUAUGGAGUUAAAAAACCAAGUUUGUUUGAAGAUCCAUCUAGCUCCAAAAAAUUCUUCCGAUCUUCACCUAAUGAUAUAGUUGAAUGCAGAAAAAUUUCAAUGAAUUCGAGCAUAUUUGAUGAUGGCACUGAAACUACGCUUCAUGAAGAGGAAAUUAAUCAGUUCAAAUUUCUGCAUAGAGAGGAGCACACGAAGGAUGCAAGUCAAUUAUUUGAUGAAAUUAUAGAAGAAGGGCCAAAAUUAACAAUUGAAACUAAAGAUUCCAAACAAGUCAACAAUAUAGAUCAUGCUAAAAUUAUAAGUGAAGUACUUAAAAAAUAUCCACACCUAAUGAAGAGCAAUAAAAACAUUAAACUAAAAAUAUUGGACACACCUGGGAAGGUCAAGAAAUCUAAGACUGUGCUAAGUCAAAUUAAGAAAGAAACUGUAAGUGUGAAACCGGAACCAGAGACCUCAGACUUCACUUAUCAAUCUGAUGUAAUUGAUUCUAAAGAAGCUGCAAGACUCAUAGCUCUAGGAGCUGAGAAUGUACAUGGACCUUGGAUUUGCCUUAUAUGUGGCACACCGGGACGAGCACUACAUUUCACAACAUAUUAUAAAUUCAGGCGACAUCUUGUGGAAGUUCAUAAUGAAAAACCUAUGCCCAAAAUCUGUGAAUAUUGUGGGCUUAAAUCUUUGAAACGAAAUUACCUUCUUUAUCAUCUGUUUACUAAACAUGGUGUACCACCACCACCAAAUUAUUCUUUCCCCAAGUGUAAUUAUUGUAACUAUGUUGCUCUAACUGAAGCUUUGCUUGUUAAGCAUAAAAUGUCCCACAAUGAACAUAAAGGUUUCCGAUGCUAUGUUUGUACAUCAUCAUUUGGCACUUCCAACCAACUUCUUGCCCACAUCCAAGAGUCUGGCCACAAAUAUGGUGCUGAGAGAAAAGCUAAUUUACAAUGUAUUUAUUGUUUGAAGGUAUUUUUAAGAGAAGCUAAUUUAUAUACUCAUUUGAAAACUAAUCAUAAAAAAGCUGCUAUAAGUGAUGGUAUUAUUGAGAACUCAGAUGAAGAAUCAUAUGCACCACGAGUCAGAACAGAUAAAAUGAAGCAGGAAAUUCAGAUUCAAAAGCAGUGUAAUGAGUCGGCUAAUGUGCAUGAUCCCUUAGAUGAUUCUUAUGAAAGCAUUCAAUACCAACUUGAACAAAAAGAAGACGGCAAUAUAGAACUAGUCACAAAAACUGUGACUACUCCUAAAACUCAAACUAAACAUAAAAUAUUAAAUUCUGGGCUAGAAUCACAAAGUCAAAUAAUACAAUCAUCAAACACAACUCCCAAAAAUAAAGUUUUCUAUGAUAAUAAUCAAGAAAGUAACAAUUUCACAGAAGAAACAGAACAACCAUCAUCUAACAGUGAAGAAAUUUUGUUAAUAGAUAAUAGUGAAUACAUCAUACAAAACAACCAACUCAUCCCAAAAAAAGAAAUUGCUAAUGAUGAAUAUAUAAUACCAACUUCAAUUGCUGGGAAUUCCCAAGCAGCCAUGCCUGUUAUAGCCGCUGAGACACUUCUUGAAUUUCAGAAUACUCAAAAUACUCAGCGUCACUCUUCAAGAAUGAUUUUAAAGAAAAGUGCAAAUAUAAACCAACCUAUUCAAAUUGUUGUCUCAAAUGAGGAAGAAUAUAAAGCUCUAAUGGCAUCAAAUCACUCUAUAAUUUUUGAUAACAGUGACCCUAAUAAAACAUUAACUGUUUUGACUUCACAAUCGUGUACAUCACUUGAGACAAGCACUAUAGACUUGCAAGCGAGCCAGUCAAACGAAAUGAAUAUUCCUGACAACUAUCCCAUUAGUGUGUCUGAAACGAUAACUGGGGAUAAUUCUAAUAUAGUAGUUUUAUAUAGUCAUCCGAUUGAUGACCAAAAUAAACAUUUUCAUCAGCAAAUAAGUCAAAGUAUAGCAGCACAAUAUGUUCAGUCUUCAUCAAUAAUAAGCCAAAACUUUGAAACUGUGACAACUUGUUCACCUGUAAUAGGUGAACAUGCUGUAAGCACUAGCAUUGAACAACCAUGGCAACAAACAUUACCUGUGUCUACAUCACAAACAACUGUUACAUCUAUUGAAAAUAUUACGAAUACUAAUUUAAAUGAAUUGCCUGAAAUUCAACUUGCAACAUCAAAGGAGUUACCCAUUGAAAUUACUCAACAAUCACUGGUGACCACAAAUGAGAUGGGUCAAACUGUAGAUGUAUAUAAUCAAGCAGAAGGUAUACCAAUUUCUCAAUCAAUGAUUAUGACUCAGAACCCCAUGCUUAUUACAGAAGAGAUAACAACAAACAAUGAAGGAAAUAUCAACAGUGAAGAUGAAAAUCCAGAGACAAACUCGCUAAAUUUGCUACAACAGAAUAUUAUUACAUCUGAAAUUCCGGAACAUUCUAGUGUUAUUGUUGAAAACUCAUCACAAUUAGAUUUAUCUGAAUUAACAGUCGUUGAGACUUUGUGCGAACCAACAGACAGUGGGUCAAACAAUGAGUCAGACAUAACUGCCAAUAUUGAAAUGAUUGAAACGCAACCUGUUGAAACAGAAGAAGUUACAGAACAAGUGGAAAUUGCUCAACUUGAACAAGAAAUACCCGAGUGCUCUACAAACACACCUGGGUAUGGACAAGAAAUUAUUAACCCCACAGAAGAAGUUACUGAAUAUAUUGCAGAAACUUCUGAGCUUAAUGUAGGACUCUCAGAACACACAGCUGAAAUUAUAGAACCUAGUCAAGAAAUUACUGAACCUACAGAAGACACGGCUGAACAAACUCUACAAAUUACUGAACAACACCCUGAAGAAGUAACUGAGCAUAUCCAAGAACAUUCUGAAUGUACUAAGGAAAUCUCUGAAACUAGAAAAGAAAGCAUUACAAAACAUUUGACGGAAAUUUCGGAGCUAGAAAGUGAAAUCCAUAUUCCUGAGUAUCCACAUAAGGAUGAGGAAACUAAAGAUACCUUAACUUCAAUAAAUAUACAGCAAGGAAAAGGAUAUCAAUCAAUAAAUAUUCCUAAUGAUUCAGUAACAGUUGAUGUUCAACAUAAUUUGCAAUCGCAAGAGAAGUCAGUGUUAAAUAACUGUGAAGGUAAUUCUCAUUUUAUUGAAGUUGAUGGCACAGAGAAUCAAAUUGUAGAAAAAGUUCAAAGUGAUAAUGAAGACGAGACUAACAUUUCAGAAGAAAAUAUGGAAACUGGAAAUGAGAAUGCUCCUCAAAUUAAUUCCUGUAUUACUAGCGAACCAGUUUCAUCAAAAAAUAUUAAUAAACCAGAAAUUGAAAAUUUAACUUCAGAAUGGUCAGAAGACGAUAGUGAUAGUCAACCAGAAAAGGCAAUCACAGACUCAAAAGAACCAGAACCUUCAUCAGAAGUAGAAGAGUCAAUUGAAAGCAUCCAAGAAGAAAUAAAUAAACAUCUUGCUACUUCUGCACAAAAAUCUUGUGUGGGGAAAGAACAAAAAAAAGAUUUGGAUGCAGUUGAAAUAGUGGUGCCUGCCAACACGGCUUUGCCAAAUGAAAAAAUCUCGUCACUCCUUGAUGAUUGGGAUGAUAAUGAUACUCAAGAAGAAGAUACAACUACUGACCAACCAACUGAAGAAAAAGUUGCAUCUGAAAAAGAAAAUUCAAACCAAAUUGAGCCUGUUGAUAAGAAGAGUGUCAGUGAAAAUAUAAAUAAGGAUAAUGUACCAAAACCUGAUAAUAUUAAAAGUUUAGUGAGUGAUUGGGAUGAAGAAGAGGAACAAGAAAUAAAUAACUGACUGAUCUGAUAGUCCUAAGUUAGAUGUGUGUAUUGUCAAUGUUAUAAAAUAAUAUGUUCUGAAUGUAAAUCAUGCAUUUGAAUGUCUCUUGCAUCUUAAUUCUAGUAUGAUUAGCAAAUAUUUAUUAUUUAAAUAGAAAAAAGCCUAAACAUACCAAUUGGUAUGAAUUGUAUAUUGUGUAAUAUUAUCACAAGGUAGUUAAGUAUAAAUAAAAAUAUUUUUUUAAUGUUUGUUUCUUGCACUUUCAGUAUUUAAAUUGAAUAUACCGUACUUAAUGUACUAUUACCUGCUCUGGUAAAAAUAUUUCAUUCAAUCAUUGUGUAGAUUUGGGUAGAUCAAUUUACGUUUUAUAUGUAAAAAAUGCUUUGUAAUAUUAUCUUAAUUAAUAAUAAUUGUAAAUAGUUAUUGUGAUUUGUGCAUUUGAAAUUAUGUAUGAAAGUGGUUAAACUGUUGUAGAGCCUGCCAAGAAAAUAAAAACCUUUACUUGAACAUACAGAAAGUCUAUAAGAAUUAAUUACAGUUGAGUCAGUUAUUUUUUCCCUCACAGAAAAAGUUACGGAAAAAUUGCUGAAUUAACUAAUAAUGAUUAUGAUGUAAGGUGGGCCAGCUAAAAAACCCGAAAGGGAGGUUUAUAUUUUCUAUCUCUCCUUUCAAAGUAUAUUGUAUACAUAGAAGAGAAGUAAUUAACUAAUAAACAAGA